AUGGAAUUAGGUUGUCGUGUCCCUUGCGUUCUUGUCGGUCCCUGUCGUCCAAAAUGGAUGCGAAUGGUUGAUAAUGUAACGUUUAAUCGUGAUCCGACUGAAACCAACAAUCAAAACAAACUAAUUCAUUACUGUCUGCAUCAACCAGAUAAGUUAGACCGCAUUGCCAAGUAUCUUUAUAAACGUCUCUCUCAGGAUGUGAGCCGGCGUUAUGAUCUGAAUAUGUUUAUUGCCAUUGAGUGUAUCAACAAACUUAUCCAAGCUUGUCACGGUCAGAGACUAGUUCUGGCUCAAGUUUUCCUCCGAAUGGUUCAUCUUCUUCUCCAAACAAAUCGAGUCGAUCUACAAAUCCUGGCUGCCAAAUCAUUUGUCGAAUUUUCGCAGAUCGAGGAUGAUGUUCCGAAUUAUUUAAAAGAAUAUAACGAUUUGAUCGAUCAUUUCUGCUCAAUGGCUCAUAACGGAACAAGUAGGUUAUUGGUUCGAAUGGCUGGAAUAUUUGGUAUUCAGGGCGUAGUCCGAAAAACCGUUGGUGAUCAGUUGCACUUGGAUGUAGUCCAUGGUUCCAAUAUGGACAAAAUUAUUCCUUCGCUUCUGUUGAACAUCUUCUCCACUGCACCUUGCACCAGAAAGGACCGGUGCCUGUCACUAAGACAUGCUUCAAUAGAAAUUGCAUCUUACGCGAAUUGUCGCUUUUGGUAG